AUGCUCGAUUGUCCAAGUGCAAUAAUAUUCGUCAAUAAAUUGAUAUUUUUAAGAAAGGAGAUCUCCGAUCAUAUUGAGUUUUUUGCGAUGAUUGCUGUGCACGAAUUACGCAUGAAACGGAUAGAAAGUGAUCAUAUCGUCUUUAGUGCGAAGGUAUGUAGUGCAAAAAGGCGUGGAUUAGUGACGAUGACGGACAUGCGGAUAGAGGCAGUCAGUGGAUUACUAUCUCCACCAACAACUUGUCAUCCAGCAUUCCAACAAUGCUUUCGCACUCGACUUUGCUCAGCUUUUUCCUCUGCGGAUUCCUGGCAGUUGCACAAGCGCAGUACGGCUACAACUAUCCGUAUCACUACUCCUAUCCGUACUCCUAUCCAUCCUACUAUUCGUACCCAUAUGCAAGAAGCGCUUACGGAUACAGUCAAUAUCCUAGCUACUAUUCAAACGAUUACUACAGUAACUACAACAAUUACAACCGUCAUCCUUCACUCGGACUCUUCCGAGGGUUGGGUGGUCUCGGUGUUGACCAGUACGGAAACACCUACAUCGGUACACCGAAGAAUGGAAUAUUCAUCACAUGUAACGGUCGGGGAUGUCCUGGACGAGGAAAAUGAAUGGAUCUCUUUUGUUGCCUUCUGUAUAUACGUGUUGUUGAUUACACAAUUGAUAUUCCAUAAAGAUUUCCUUGCUAUGCGUGAUGACAUGGAACUGUAG